AUGGCGGCGUUCACACUUAAGCCAAACUUCCUGGGAAAUAUUCUGGUCCGACUCGUCUCUUUCAUAGUUCUCGUCUUCCUCGCUCGUUUCGCUUACAUCUUCACCGUCAAAGGCAAAUCAUGUAACUCCGGCGACUUCUGCUUCUUGCCGGAAACUCUAACUCUCAACAUCGCCGGUUCAAAUCCUAAUUCCAUUGAUUUACCGGAUUCCGGCACCGAUCUCCGGAACUACUACUACUCCAUCUUCCAAGAUCUCAUCGCCGACGGCUUUCUCUCGCCCAACUCUCACUCUCUGUGUAUUGAAACCCUAACUGGCCAAGACGUAGAAGCAUUGAUCGACGUCGGAGUCAUCGAUUCCAUCGGCAUUUUCCACAAAUCAUCUCCGCCGUUGAUUCGAUACGGUCACGGUCAUCACCAGCCGUUCGAUGAUAACACAUUUCAUUUCGAAUUCGCCGGAAAUGGAGUACUCGACCGAUCUUCGAAACCGGUUGAAUUUGCUAAAGAAGUUUCCAGAACAUUGAAGCCUGGGGGUAUUUUCGUCAUUCACACUAUAUCGAAAGAUGAUUACAGUCUCAAUUCGUUGAUUCAAUUGUUCAGUUCCUUCAAAUUGAUCAGUUCAAUUGAAAUUGACAGUUUCGCAACGUGGCGGCCGCGUAUACGCCAAGUAAUUUUCAAAAAGGUGACACAAUUUGAACCUAUGAUCACCCAUUGUACGAAAAAUACAUGUGUUGAUUUCGAAAAAUCGAAAAAUUAUUGUUUUAUCCCUGAGUACAAAAGGGAAUUAAUUCGAAAAGCAGAGUCGUUAAUCAAAAAAGAGCCAUUGAAACCAUGGAUAAAAUUGAGAAAUGUGAAGUAUUUGUCUUCAAUGGUUGAUAUUAGCUUCAAGAAAAGGUACAUAUAUGUUGAUGUUGGAGCAAGGAGUUAUAGUUCAAGCAUUGGUAGUUGGUUUAACAAACAGUAUCCGAAACAGAACAAGACGUUUGAGGUAUACGCGAUUGAGGGUGAUAGGGAAUAUCACGACGAGUAUAGGAGAAAGGGUGUCAAUCUUUUGCCAUAUGCAGCUUGGUUGAGGAACGAGAUGUUGUUCUUUGAGAUAGCUAGAGUACAAACUAGGAAGAACGUGGAGAAGGGUCGAGGACUGGGGAGAGUACAAUCAGCACAAUCGUCGUUGGAUUUCUUAUGGGAUUCGGAUAAGAUUAUGGGGUUUGAUUUUGCUGGAUGGUUGAUGAGUUUGGUUGAUGAUGAAAGGGAUUAUUUGGUUGUGAAAAUGGAUGUAAAAGGGAAUGAUCGCGAAGCUUUGUCAUAUGCAGAACGAAUGUCUGGACAUCCUAGUGUGAAAAUGACACUCAUACAUUUCACAAGAUCAGGUAAUGCAUACGAAAAUAUUGUUGGUGGCUCGGAGAGAAGUAAGGUUCUUGAUUCUCAAAUCUUGAAUGAAUUCAAUCUCCAAUUCCUUCAUUCGGAACAAGUUUCUUAUCAAGAAGCAGAGGUGAAAAGAGGCGCGGAUGUGUUAGAAGUUAUUAAAUCGUUGGGAUGUUUUUAUGAUCUUGUUAUCGUUGGUAGACGUCACGUAGACUUGCCAAUUUUGUUACAAUUGGCAAAGAGGGAUAAUGAGGAUAGUGAAUUAGGUGUUGUAGGAGGAGUUCUUGCAGCCUCAGAAUUUGAAAGUGAGACUUCAGUUUUGGUAGUGCAGCAGCAAACAAGAUUAUGGGAACUUCAUGAUCCUGAAGAGUCUACACAUUUGAGAAGGAUCAACUUAUAG